CACCGACCAACACAGACCACUACACGAUGCUGAAGCUGGUGGUGUUGUUUUGCAUGAUGGCGGCGGCGUCCGCGGCGCUGCUGACGCCGUUCGCUCCGCUGGCGUACAGCGGCGCGGUGAUCGCGCCCUUGUACGGCAGCAACUACCGCGGCCCGCUGUCCCUGGCGCCCGGCCAGCCCGCCAACAUCCUCGCCGCGGACGGCAGGCCCCUCGACACCCUGGACGUCAACCUGGACCGCUCCGCGCACCUCACCGCCAAGGCGCUGGACGGCGUGCACCUGCUCAAGAAGCGCUCCGCCCCGCUGAUCGCCCCUCUCGGAGGCAUCGCCUACGCUGGCGCCCCGCUCAUCCCCCACGUUGCGCCCCUCGCCUACUCUGCGCCCAUUGUCGCGCCAUACCACACUCCUCUCAUUCGCACCGUUGGACCCUUGGCCCACUAUUUGUAAAUAGUCCAAAGAUAGAACUAUAUGAAGAGCACUAUGAGAAUAAAGACAUAACUCUGAUCUUUGAAAAAACUUUCUUCUUUUCA